UUGAAAAUCUCAUUGCUCACUGAUUUAAAAGUUUUUCCUUUUAAUUCGACUGUAAAAUUUUGCGUUGAAGAAGAUAAACAUCCGGGUUUUGGACAAGUACGAGACAGGUGAUUUUCACGGUGAGGAGAAGGAGCCGACGAAAAGGAGGACGACGAGAAGCGGGAUAAUCGGAGGUGGCCAGAGCGGAUGUUGCACUCGGUGCCGGCGGUUUACAACACCGCAAAUAACCGUUCACAAAUGCUCAUCUCGCGACGGCGCAGCUCCAGCCGAAUGAACCUGGACAGCGUGCCGAAAAAAUCUGUGUCAUUCUCGAAGGAGGAUGAAGUGCUCGAAAUCGAAUUCCGUUCCGAGGGCCUCAUCAACCCAAUUCCGGAUGCGCUUCCAGAAUCUGGAACUCCUCGUUCAGGCACUUCACUUUUCAGCCGGGAAACGUCGAUCACCCUUGCCGAAUCUACAGUCAACUUCUCCAACCCUGUCCUGAUGAAGGCCGGCAACGUGACCAUCCUGUUCUCUACUUUGCUGUCGCGCGUCGAAACGUCCAUCCGGAACUGUCCAGCUUGGGGUCUUCAAAAGUGACCGGUGGCGUACCAUAAGAAUCGGUACAGCUUGGACUCGGAUUUUGGCCAGAAGCGUUAAAUACAAUAACAAAAUGUUUUUUUUUUAACAUACUGUUUAAAACAUUAAAAAAUAAACAUAAAAUCAAGCCUAGAAUCAAGCC